UUAUUCUUAUUUUAGGACCACCAUGGGAAAUCAAUUGGCUGAGCUAUUGGCAGAACCCCCUGGCCAAUUCGAUAACUUUACAAGAAUGUCUGUUACAGACUUUGAAUAUUUACUGCAUAAAGUUGCACCGAUGAUAACCAAGAUGGAUACACCGAAAAGAGAAGCAAUACCUGCGAAAAUUCGACUAGCAAUUACUUUGAGAUUUUUGGCCAGCGGAGAUAGCUUUGAAAGUCUACAUUUUCUGUUCAAAGUUUCAAGUUCCAUAAUUUCAAGAAUUGUGCCUGAAGUAUGCAUUGCUCUUCACCGAGUAUUGAAGGAUCAAAUCAGGAUGCCAGAGUCUCCACAGACAUGGUUACAACUGGAAAAGGGGUUCAAAAACUUUCCAAGGUGUUUAGGUGCCAUGGAUGGAAAGCACAUUGUAAUGCAAUCGCCUAUAAAUAGUGGUUCCGAAUAUUACAAUUACAAAAGGAGUUUUAGUUUGUUUGUUCUUCUUGCUUUAGUCGACAGCAAUUACAAUUUUAUUUUUGUUGAAAUUGGAAGUCAGGGAAGAAUAAGUGACGGCGCAUAA